GUGCUGUCUGAGGCUGUCUGACCUUCCCUAAAGUCGCUUUUUUAAAACUUAUUUUUUGUCUUUCUGCGUCAAAUUAGAGAUUCCUCGAUAAAGGGAUCCAUUGCCCGUAGGUUUAUGAGAACAAACGUGGAUAGCGACACUGACCAGAGUGGCUCCAACAACGGCGUCAAGGCCAUGGAUACGUCAGAGUGGCUGGAAGAGACGGGAAAGAUGCACAUCCACCGCGCUGACAUGAACAAGCUAAUUAUGAACUACCUCGUCAUGGAGGGUUUUAAAGAAGCAGCGGAGAAAUUUUCAGUCGAGGCGAACAUCAAGCCGCCCAUGGACCUUGACCAGCUGGACGAGAGGAUCCGCAUUCGCUCGACGAUUCAAGCCGGGCACUUUCAGGAUGCCAUGAGGAUGGUCACUGAACUCCACCCAGAAAUUCUAGACGACAAUUCUCAACUAUACUUCCAUCUCCAGCAACAAGUCCUGAUUGAAUUAAUCCGCGAGGGAAGGAUAGAAGAAGCGGUUGUGUAUGCUCAAGACCACCUCGCAGAGAGAGGCCAGAGGGACCCGACCAUUCUGAAUGAACUCGAAAGAACUUUAGCACUUCUGGCCUUUGACCAGCCCGACACCUCCCCCUUUGGAGAUCUCCUUCAUCCAUCUCACAGACAGAAGGUUGCGAGCGAGCUGAACGCCGCAAUCCUCAGAGCACAGAAUCAAGAAGAAACCACACCACUUUUAGCAGAACUUCUAAAGCUCCUUCUCUGGGCCCAAGACGAACUAAACAAGAAGAAAGUCCAGUAUCCCGUCAUGACAGAUCUCAUUAAAGGACAAAUCGAAGAACCAAAGUGAACUAUUUAUUGUGACUUAUUUACUAGAACCAUUGCUGUAGGUUAAGGCUUCAUCCCUAGCAGUUAGUCACAGGCUGCAGUUCGAAAGCAAAACCUCUCGAGUCUAGGGAUUAGAACGUAUCAAAUUUGGCAGGUUUAUUCAGUUGGUAUUUUAUAUAUAUAUGUGUGUAUAAAGAUUUUAAUUUUCAACCAAGGAUACCAAGAGGAGUUCACGUGCCUGUCUGGUAAGUGUUCAAUGUGUAAUGUUACAAUAGUUUGACGUCUGGAAGUGAACCUUUUUCUUCAGUGAGUCAAGAGAUGAUUGUCACUGAUAGACAGAGAGACUUUUGCUUUAAGUUGAAGGCAGGAUACUUGAGUGAAUGUUAUUAUUAUCUCAUUGUUCAGAAGAAGAAGAAGGGUGUAUGAUUUCUCUCUCUCUCUCUCUCUCUCUCUCUCUCUCUCUCUCUCUCUCUCUCUCUCUCUCUCUCUCUCUCUCUCUCUCUCUCUCUCUCUCUCUCAGAUUAUCUAUUUAUGAAGCUUGUUUCAUUACAUAUAAUCAGUGUUAAAUGAUUCCUUGAGAUAUAUAUGCAUGAUCCAGAGCCAAGGUAUGAUUAUUACAUAUUGAGCCUCAUUCAUUGUAUAACACUGAGCUUAUUACAAUUAUUAUUAGUUAUAUUGCUGGUGAUGAAUACCAGAGAAAGAGCUGAAAGGAGAACAGAUUUUAUAUGUGUAAGAUUAUUUGUUAGUAAAUAAAAAUAGAUAAAAAACAA